ACACCCAAUCGUCGCAUUAAAACAGAAGAAGAAAAUACACUCAGAGGAAUCACAUACAUGGUAUUUACACAAGAUGGAGCGCAUCUGGCAAGUAGCGGUUGUUACAGCAAUCAUUCUAGGAGUGGAUGCCCUCCCAGUAUGCGAGUUUGAGGAGGAGACAGCCACCACAACAUGUUCAGCCGGCGGUCAGGACAACAUCCUGAAGAGAGGAGUCGUUUCUGACAAUAAUAUGACCACAACCGUCAUACUAAAAAGCUGCAGGAUCACGAAAAUCGAGCUGGAAUCCUUCAACGGCUUAUUCCACUUGAAAAACUUGGAUCUAUCCAACAACAAACUCAGAAAUUUGAAGCUCGGCGUCCUGGAUGGCGCGCCUGAAGUGACACAUCUAAACCUAGCAUUCAAUUUACUUACAGAACUCCCUAUGGGUAUAUUCGAUCAGAAACAGAAGUUAGAACUGCUCGAUUUGAAAGGAAACAAACUUGUAGAUAUACAACUUGGGUUAUUCGACGCCUUAACCAGAUUAGGACAUUUGGAUCUAUCCAGUAAUGCGUUUUUAGGGAGAGAUAUAAACCCUUUUAUAUUCGACGGAAGCACAGCUAUAACGUUUAUGGAUUUUUCUGGAAGUGACAUGUCAGAGGCAGCUGAUAACCUUCUUCACGCUUUCCGGAUUCUGAGAUUCCUAAAUCUGUCUGGAUGUUCCCUGUACGAAGUACCCAAGUUUGCCACCACAUCGAACCUGCGAGCCAUGAAACAUUUGAUGCUUAUAAAUAAUCACAUUUCGAAAAUCGAAGACCAGGCAACGUUCAAGGCCCUUAUAAACUUGGAAAUUUUGAAUUUCGCUGGAAAUUCCAUAGAACUUCUUCACAAAGACGUUUUUAGAUCGCUAACGAAGCUGACGACUGUGGUUUUAUCAGGCAAUAACUUGAGGUCAAUACCAGACACCCUAUUCGAGGACUUGCGUAAAUUAACUGAGGUGGACUUGUCACAAAACCAGAUCGAAUUCGUACCUGUAAAGGCUUUCAGAGGAACAGCUUUGAAGACUUUGGACCUUAGCAAUAAUAGGUUUACUUACCUGUCGGUUAACUUUAUCUUGGAGCUAUCAAAUUCAGGGUUGAAUAGGUUCAAUUUUGAUAGGAACCCGUGGCAGUGCGCAUGUCUAAGAGACAUUCUGAAGGAAGCCAAAGCGAUGAGGAUUGAGUACAGCAGUCACAGAUACAACGGCAAGUAUAAGGAGUGUGUCACUACUAAGGAGUUCCGGUGCAAAAGACAACCGGAUAUCAAUAGACUGUUCGUAAAUAUGUACUAUAAUAACAGAAGUUAAUUAAUUUUUAAUAAAAGCCUGUUUCAGUGGCUAAGUCUGAAA